CUUUCCCUGUGUGUGUGUGUGUGUGUGUGUCUCUGUGUGUGCGGUGCGGUGCGGGAGGUGUGUGCGGUGCGGGAGGUGUGUGCGGUGCGGGAGGUGUGUGCGGUGCGGGAGGUGUGUGCGGUGGUGAUAAUGGCAGUGUUCAGAGUCGGCUGUUCGGUUGCGCAACGCGUGCGGUUGAGGUCGGGGUUUGCGCUCAGCGCUGAGCGCAGCUCCGGCCACAGGCGCUCACUGUGCGCACAGCCCUCCCCCCCGACCCCCCCGGACCCCCCCGACACAAAACCAGCUGAUGUCAGCAAGUUCAAGUUUAUGGAUGAGGAUGUGCAGAGUAUCCUCACAAAAAUGACAGGUUUGAAUUUGGAAAAGGUGUUCAAGACUGUUAAACAAGAGCUGAAGCCACCGACGUACAAACUGAUGACAAAUGAGCAGCUUGAGGAGGCUCGGCUUAAAGCAGUGGAAGAAGCUCAGGAAGCUCUCCGAAUGCCACCAGUGCUCGGCCAAAGGCAACCAAUCGAUGAUGUUCUUGCAGAGGAUAAGAUACUUAAAGAUUUAGAAAUGACUAAAUAUGUCUUCACCGACAUAUCAUAUGACACUCCGCACAGAGAACGAUUCAUAGUAGUAAGAGAACCCAAUGGCGUGUUGCGCAAAGCUACCUGGGAGGAACGCGAUAGGAUGAUACAGCUCUACUUCCCCCGUGAAGGUCGAAGAAUUGUGCCACCACCAAUCUUCAAGAGUGAAAAUAUUUCGAUCAUAUUUGCUCAAAAUCGCCAUGAAGAUAUUCUCGAUCUCUGUCUUCUCCAGUUUGAGCCAGAUUCUGGUGAAUAUAUAAGAGUUCACCAUGAGACCUAUGAGAAUAUUGAUAAAGAUGGCAAAUAUGACCUUUUGCAUUCAACAAGGCAUUUUGGUGGGCUGGCUUGGUACUUAACCAACAGGAAGAGAAUUGAUGGUUUGCUUAUAAAUAUGAUCCAAAAAGACCUAAUGGAUGAUGCCUUUAGUCUACUGCAGCUUUACCAUAUGCUGCACCCAGAGUCCCAAUCGGCAAUGGAAGCCAAGGAACAACAAGCCCAUGGUGUUGACUUACUUAAGAUAUUUUGUCGAACAGAUUCCAAGAAGGGAAGCUACAUUGAAUUAGCUUUACAAGUUUAUCAGGAAACACAAAAUAGUUCUGCCACUGCAUCGUAAAUGGAUAUGAAGAACACAAUCCUUCCGUUUGUCUUCUCUAGCAGUUUGAUAACAAUGUAAUAAAAUAACAUUUUAUAUUU